AUGCCUCGCGACACGAAGGAACGCUCCAAAUCCAGAAUCGAUACUAAACCAUACGGCAAGCGCCCCGUUUCGCCACCCAUCACUCCCACCAAGGCCGUCCUGGAUAUCGGCUCAUACCGUCAGGAUCCUGGCAGCCCGCUGUCGUCAGCCCCCGGCGAGAUCAAGCCUGAUAUUAACAGCGCUGGUCCCACCUUUGAUGCUGCUUCCAACGGCAAGGGAAAGAGCAAGUCACCUUCAAAGUCACCUUCCAAGGACACCAAGCCCAAGACGCCUACCAGCAAGAACCCCAGCCGCCCCUGGUCCGCCGACGAGCUCGAGCUCCUCCUCAACCUCGUUCUCGAGACGCCGCCAGGCAUCAAGACGUUUGAAGGCCGCGUUCCCGGUCGCACUGGCUACCAGGCAGUGCAGACUUGGAGGAACACGGUAGUGCCAUACCUCCACAAGGCGCUUCGUGAGAAGGGAGUGAAGGGCCGCAAGUGA